UUAACAGUCAGAGUUGGUUUCCUUAACAGCAUAAGAAAAUAAAACACUUGUCAGCAUGGUGGAGUGGUCUUCUUCAGAACGCAGUACCAUCACAGGCGUUUGGGGUAAAGUGAAUGUCAAUGAAGUUGGACCCCAGGCUCUAGCCAGGGUGUUGAUUGUGUAUCCCUGGACCCAGCGAUAUUUUGAAAGCUUUGGAAAUCUGUCCUCUCCAGCUGCAAUCAUCGGUAAUCCUAAAGUGGCUACUCAUGGUAAAACUGUGCUAAAUUCACUGGGGGAUGGCGUGAAGAACAUGGAUGACAUCAAAGGCACUUACAUGAAACUCAGUAAGCUGCAUUGUGAGAAACUCAACGUCGACCCCGAUAACUUUAGGCUGCUGGCCGAUUGCAUUACCAUCGUCAUUGCGGCCAAAUUCGGAUCCGCCUUCAGCCCCGAAGUUCAAGCAGUCUGGAGAAAGUUCGUGGCCGCUGUGGUGGAGGCUCUUUCCAGCCAGUAUUUUUAAAGGCUCUUCCCAUGCGAGUAGCCACAUCGUGCAGAGGCGACGAAUCAUCAAAUAAAUAAUUCACUUCAGACACUCAUA